UCAUUUAUAUAACCUAUUACUCUAGGAAAUCAACAAAGAAUUAUCAAGAAUGCAUUUUCUACGUGAGCUUAAUUUGCUUGGAAAUCCCGCUGUUCUACAAUCGGAUUUUAAAUCUUUACUAUUAAGUUCACAUUCAACAUUGACUGUUCUGAAUAAACAUGCAAUCUUAAGAGAUCAAUUUAAGUGGAGCAAAUUAAAAACCAAUUAUUGUCCAAAGUAUAUUCAGAAACAAUCAAGCAAAAGGAAAAGAAAUGUACCUAUUGAAGCAGAAACUGAGGAAAAACUAGUCCAAUCUCCAAUGAAUCCUGACAAAGAAAUUGAAAUAUUUGAAGAAAAUUUAAAAAAAAGAUUUCAAGCCAAAACGAUUACAGAAUUUAAAUGUUUCGACUGGUCAAUGAUACCAAAUAGUGAAAUGAAACGAUUAAAUUCAAGAACUACUGUGCCGAAAAAUAUUGUAGUUCAAUCACAAUUGUAAUUCAUGUGAUCAUAUGGAAGAAAAUAACAAAAUCCAUAAGUAGAAUUGAAUACAGUUUUAGUGACAUUAAUUCUGAUUAACAGAUCACUGAGUAAUUGUCAAUGCUAUAUUUAUCUGAUCUGUUGACCAUAACUAAUAUAAUAGCUCGGUGAUGAUACGGUUUCGAACCAAACAGUCAGCACUAAUUACCACAAAAUCGCAGGUACGCGUUGUCGAAUAAUACAAACUAGCAUAAGGUCUAAGUCUAGAUCAAUUUUAUGACCUGUUUCAACUAAAUGUUUGGCAAUAGGGGAUGAUAGAUGUUUAUCAUCUACUCUUAUUGGGUCACUUAAAUUUAAUUGUUGUUGCAACCAUUUAGGUAUAUGUUCAGAUACCCUAAUUUGGAGACCAUGAUUGCUCCUCCCUAUGUAUGUGUGAUCACACAAAUUUAAAUUAGUAAACACAGUGGGAUGUGACGCAAUCACUUUCAAGUCUUUUAGGUUUUGGAUGAAGCAUGGAUCUUGUUUUUCCUUGAUAAUGAUCUUUCAGAUGUAGUAUGUUUUGUUAAUAACACAAUUGAUUGAUCACUGGGUGGUGAUCAAUGUCAUGCGUGUCUAGUCCUUAUUAGUGCAGAUCGAAUGCUAUCGAUCAUGUUGCCAUGUGGCCACCAGUCUAGGUGACUCGACACUGCGGGCACUAUAUAUUGAGAUUAGAUGGUGGUUAGAGGUAGUCGACAGGAAACCCCGGACCCGGGUUUCGUGCUACUUGGCACUCGUCAGCAAGGUGUACCUGUAAUCUUGAGGGAACUGGUACUCCCUGGCGGAUUCGAACUCGCGUCACCCAGCUUCACAGUCAGAGACGUUACCACUGAGCUAUCCGAGCCGCGACUAAACUCCUGUAAGACUGAGAUGUAAUCACAAUUGAUUUGUCACUGGGUGGUGAUCAAUCUCAUGCGUGUCUAGUCCUACGUCAUUUUCGAAUUUUUAUCACUUUUCUUCCACAUUUUGUAUGAUUCUUCUGAUUCACAAUUUCUUUCUAAUUGCUUUAAAUCAACUUUCAUAGCCCUCUGAUACCACGUUUUCCACUACCGAUUGGUGUUAAGUACUACUUAUAUCAGUCGACAUAAGUAGCAUACACUAGAGUCACAGAAAACCUUAACGAAUACAUACAUUCAUAAUUUAAGCUUUACUUUCAAAUCGAUUCGUUGAAUUAGGCAAUGAGUCACCAGUUUAUACAAUUACAACUGAAAUCUUAAUAAGUUUAAUGAACUAUUUAACAGUCCAAAACAAGAUACAAUGCUAUUGAGUUCAAUCGUUUAUGUUGAUAAGAACAGUUUGUCGACCAGACUUAUUUGAUGAUAAUAUCCAACUGUAGUACGAUUAUUUAAUAAGAAGCGAACAGUCCAACCGUUUAUGUUUAGAGUAGAUCAUCAUUAAAAUAAAAACAUGACUGACUAACAGACCUAUCUACUCAAACAAUAUAAUGUCGAAUAAACAUACUUAAAAGAUAAUUCAUGUGUAAAAUAAGACGUAAAGAAUGAUAUAUGUAAAAAAAAACUGUCUAAAGCUUCACAAUUUAACUCCCAAAAGAUUGAUUUUACACUAGCUACUGAGUAUUCUUUGGAUGAUGAUCAACGGUACUAGUUUUAUUAGGUAUGUAACACAGAUUUCCGAAACUCCUACAAAAUACAACAAACGAAAUCCACUAUGCCGUUGAAGAAAUAGAAACAAUCCAAAAAAAUUUCCUUGCUGAUAAUAACCUUUACUAAAACUGUACACACUAAUAGUUGAACCAUGAGUCGAUAAACACUUCACCACUAUUGAAUACUUGGAAGCACUGGAAGGCCGUCUCGUUCUAGUGUGAAACUCGUCAGCAACGAGCAUCCACAAUCCCACAUACGGGACUCGAACCCAGGACCUUCGAUCUCGGACGCGAACGCCUAACCUCUAGACCACAGAGCCAGCAUCUAAUGAUGUCAAUGUACCUGUACAGCUAUGUUUUUUAGUGAUUUAAUGAGUGGAGGCUUGGUGACAUACACCAGUAAAAGUAAAUACAUUCUUAUGUGUCCAACCCCGUAUUCUUCUAAAUACACCUUCGAAACAAAGUUACAAAGCACUUUUCAUUCAAGAUUUUCAUAAAACGUCAAAUCUAGUAUCUUAAAUCAUCGCAAUACAUAUAUGAAUUUAUAUUCCUUUGAAAUGAUAAGGGUGUUUGUCUACUACGAGAUGAAUGAUUUCCUCUGAGAGCAGUUCAUUUUCUUUCUAAACAACAACUGGUGCACAUGGGCUCCAGUAUCAUGCGCGAACAAAUGGCGUAUGAACCAAUCGUUGGGCACCGGCUACCAUGUGAAUGAAUCUCCUCACGAUGCUCCACCGCCUUGUGGACCAGACCUUUAAGUCAAAGGCUCGGGGUGUGGCCCCCUAAGAAAACCAUCUGCUUCGGUCUGGGCACCCGAGCAGUAUCACAGCCCACACACACACAAAUAUGGUGUGGCGCAUAUAUAUUUGAUGCCCCCUUGUACCAAUAUUUAUGUGUUGAAACAAAAUAAAAUAAAACUAAACAACAACAUUCUUAUCAUACUUCAUGAAGAAGACAACGAAAUGCUUUACAAAUUAAUAAACCAACCAUUAAGAAUACGAUAACCCUAUCACAUCUCCUCCUAUCUCUCACUGAAAAUACAUCGAGAAAUUUGCAACAAAUACCAUAAACACACAUUUGUUCUUGACAAUCUAUGAAAAUAAUAAUAGUAAUGAGUGGGACAAAAGAUCUAUGUUACUGUGACCUAUGAAAACCGCACUGUGAUUUUGAUGAUCAUAACAGAAAUAAACAGUGAUAAUAAUAGUAUUAAUACAAGUCGAAUAUAAUUAUAAACAAACAAACAAGGCAAUGUACAUAGAAACAAGAAGAAAAUAUUUGUGCACAACUUCUUUGUUUACAUUUUUCUUUUCAUAAAAAUAAUUUACAAAAUUAAACAAGCAAUAAGUUAAUAAGUACCCACAUGAAGACAUAGAUAUAUUCAUUAUUCCGAGUGUAUGAAUAACAUUAUAUGCAUAUAAAUUACUUAAUGUAUAACAGGAAAUAAAAAAUCAAUAAUAUUAGUGCUUUUAUACACACGUGACAAGUUUAAUAUCCAUCUAAAUAGAGAAGAAAACAAAUGGGAUACACUUUUACAUCUACUACUACUACACGAAGAAUUUC